CCGGACUGAGCGCAGCGGUGGGUGCGGGCUGCCUUCCCUCGGCCAGACGGCCAGACCUCCGGCCGGCCAGGCGGCCAGAGGGGCUCCCGGUGGAGCGCCUGGCUCCACCCGGCCCCAUCCCGUCCCGGGACUUCCCCCGAAAGUUUGCCGCGUUUCUGGGCGCGGGAUGGAGGGGUCCUGUCCCCGCGGGAGGGGCGCAGACCCCCUCCUCCUCCUCCUCCUUCUGACCUGCUGCCUCGGACCUGGCGCAACGUCCCGCACAGCAGCCCCCCGCAGUCGAGACAGACCAAGUCCUCCUCUGGAUGUUCUGCUGGAGGCCUUAAACUGUACAGCUUUCCAAGUUCAAUGGCGAAUGCCCAGGCAUCAGGCGAAGGUCAUCACUGGGUACACGGUGUUUUACUCGGAGGUUGGGGGGGACAAACUCCUAAAUCAUCUGUCACUCGAUGUGCCCAUCAGCCAAGCCACGCUCAAGAUGGGUCAACUGGAGAGCAAAGCAGUCUUUGAAGUGGCGAUUGGGAAUUUAAAACCCGGCACACCAUACCGUGUGAGCGUGGGAGCUUAUGGUUGGGCAGGGAAAGGCCGACCUAGCUCACCCCGACACAUCACAACUUUAUUCCCAGAGACAUGCGUGGCCCCUGCUCCCCCUUAUCCACCUCAGGGGAUUGUGAUAUCUGACUCAGAGGUCGCCUUGUCGUGGAAGCCCGGAGACAGUGAAGGCAGUUCACCCAUCCAGUAUUAUUCUAUGGAAUUUCUCAGGCCAGAUCUUGACAGCUCUUGGACGCUCAUUAAAGAGCAGAUACAGACUGUCUCUAUGGUGCUCAAGGGACUCGUUCCAGACACCCAGUACCAAUUUGCAGUGAGAGCGGUGAACGCCUUCGGAGCAAGCUCACGCAGUGCACCCAGCGCCAUUGUCCGAACCCGGGGCUCCGAGGAGUCCGGGAGCGGCAGCUACGGACCCCGAUAUGUCACAGAUCCGGAGGCUGAUGACGACGGAUUUGAUAUCGAUGACUCCGACUUUGACAUUUACAUCGAGGAGGUCAAACCACUUCCUGCCAUCAAAGGAAGCAACAGGAAACUUGUGUUGGACACCCAGGACCCUUCUGGAUCUUACUCCAGGAUCCAUUCGAGGCUUUUUACCAACACGACCACACCUCCGGCCACCACCACCAGCGGCCAGAGCCCGCCCACCGUGACCGCGAAGAUAAAGCGGGGUCACCCGGCCGUGCUGGUGAGGCGGUCCGACCUGUCCUGCGACGAAGCGGUCUGCCCGGCGGAAAGCUUCUGCGCCAACGAUUUUGAGCACGGCGGCUCCCGAUGCCACUGCCAUCUUGGCAAAGGCGGCGCGAGCUGCUCUGAAGAUGUUGCUAUCCAAUACCCUCAGUUCUUUGGACACUCCUAUUUAAGCUUUGAACCACUGAAGAACUCCUACCAGACGUUUCAGAUCACUCUUGAAUUUAGGGCAGAAGCAGAGGAUGGGUUGCUGCUAUACUGUGGGGAGACUGAACACGGACGAGGCGAUUUUAUGUCCCUGGCGAUAAUCCGGCGCUCUCUCCAGUUCAGAUUCAACUGUGGGACUGGGGUUGCUGUGCUGACGAGCGAAACCAAAAUCGAACUGGGCAGCUGGCACACCGUCACCGUCUACAGGGAUGGGCUGGAUGGGCUCCUGCAACUAGAUGGUGAUGAUGAUGACCCCGUGACAGGCCAAUCCCAGGGCCAGUACAGUAAAAUCACAUUCCGGACCCCUUUCUACCUCGGAGGGGCGCCUAGGGCCUCCUGGCUGAUCAGAGCUGCGGGAACGAACCGAGGCCUUCGGGGCUGUGUCCAGGCCCUAGUGGUUAAUGGAAAGAAAGUAGACAUGAGGCCCUGGCCGCUGGGGAAGGCACUCAGUGGGGCCGAUGUAGGCGAGUGCAGCAGCGGCGUCUGCGACACGGCAUCCUGCGUCAACGGUGGCACCUGCACAGCCGACGGAGCGGAUUCACACGUUUGCCUCUGUCCCCUGGGGUUUAAAGGUCGCCACUGCGAAGACGCCGUCACCGUGGCCGUCCCUCAGUUCCGCGAGGCCCUGAGGUCCUUCGCCUCCACCCCGUGGCCCCUGGAGCCCCAGAACUACUUGUCCUUCAUGGAGUUCGAGAUGGUGUUCCGGCCCGAGGUGGGAGACGGCGUCCUUCUGUACAGCUAUGACACGGACAGCAAAGAUUUUCUGUCCAUCAACCUGGCCGGCGGCUAUGUGGAGUUCAGAUUUGACUGUGGUUCGGGAACAGCGGUGCUCAGGAGUGAAGACCCCAUCAUCCUAGACCAGUGGCAUGAACUCCGGGUGUCUCGGACGGCCAAGAAUGGGCGCCUUCAGGUGGACCGGCAGAGGACGGUGGAAGGGACGGCGGAGGGGGCCUUCACCCAGAUCAAGUGCAACUCCGACAUAUUUCUCGGAGGAGUUCCCGACUACGACAACGUGAAGAAGAACGCGGGUAUCCUCCGGCCCUUCACGGGGAGCAUUCAGAAGAUCAUCCUGAACGACAGACCCAUCCGUGUCGGGCAGGAUUUCACAUCCGGGGUGAACGUGGAGAACACCGCCCACCCGUGCGUGCCCAGCCCCUGCGCCCACGGGGGCAGCUGCCGGCCCAAGAAGGAUGGGUACGAGUGCGACUGCCCGCUGGGCUAUAAUGGGCAGCACUGCCAGAAAGCUGUCACGGAGGCCAUCGAGAUCCCUCAGUUUAUCGGCCGCAGUUAUCUGACGUACGACGACCCGGAUAUCCUGAAAAGGGUCUCGGGAUCGCGCUCCAACGCCUUCAUGAGGUUCAAGACCACGGCCCAGGACGGGCUGCUGAUGUGGAGAGGGGACAGCCACGUGAAACCCAACAGUGACUUCAUCUCCCUGGGACUGCAGCAGGGCAUGCUGGUGUUCAGCUAUAACCUCGGCAGCGGCGCGGCUUCCAUCGUGGUCAACGGCUCCUUCGGUGACGGCCGGUGGCACAGGGUGAAGGCGGCGCGCGACGGCCGAUCGGGAAAGGUCACCGUGGACGACUACGGGGCCCGCGCCGGAAAGUCUCCUGGCCAGAUGCGGCAGCUCAACAUCAACGGGGACCUCUACGUAGGUGGCGUGAAGGAAAUCGCCCUGCACACCCAUCGCCAGUAUCUGCGGGGCCUCGUCGGCUGCAUCUCCCACUUCACCCUCUCCACCGAUUACCACGUGGCGCUGGUGGAAGACGCCACCUCCGGCAAAAACAUCGACACCUGCGGCGAGAAAUAGCCCCGCCGUCCUUGCCCACGGGAGACGCCCCCCCCCCCGCCCCGUCACGUCCCCCUCCCCCUGCGACACGGGCAUUCCGGAGGCCGGGUCCAGAACCUUUUGUCACCCCAGGGCCCGACGGUACCGCCCGCCGACCGGGAGACCAACGCCAUCGCUGCGGGAUCAGAAGACUGGGGGGGUGGGUUCCCGCGGCCUCCACCACCGACGUUCUCUUGACCGAACCGAACCGAGUCCCACGGAGGAGGUGCCCGACUUGCCCUCUGAACAUCGAGCCAGCGCCGGGGACCCAACACCCGUUCAGAUCCCGAAGGAUCGUUGUGCUGUAAAGAGUAGCUUAAUGGCCGUACUGUACACCGUCAUGCUUUCGCGGUGUCCCGCGGGACGGUAUUCCGACGCUCCGCUCCGUUCCCGACCCCCGGCGCUUGGACGGGACCGGGAGGGCGGUGUGGUCUCCAGACCUCGUUCCUCCUCUGGCCUCCUUUCCCUGCCGGCACUGACUGACCCGGGCAGGCCGACUGGGGAAAUGCCCCUGUGUCCACGUGCGUCCACGCGCCGCCUCGGGGAGAACGAGGAGGCGAUGAACUGCGCGCCCCAAAGGGAAUCUUGAAAAGGGCGGUGUGUGGCUGGAGGCCCUGUCCUCCGUACCCGAUGCCCGCUUUGUAAUCGGAUCAGAGACCACGGGGCGGUUGGGGGUGGGAGGGGGAUUUUGUAGAAGUCGUUUUGUAUGUGAAUAUUUUUAUAGCUUCAGAAAUAACUCUGUUAUACACUUCUGGUAGUUUAGCAUAUUGUGCCGGUUUGGAUUUCUUACAAAAAGGGGUAUAUGUGUGUGGGUGUGUGUACACAUGAGAGGAAGCUGCCAGAGGGGUGGUGGAGAGCAGGAGAGAGCCUGCUCUUCUCUUUUGUAAAUUUUGGCCUUUUAAACUGUAAAUCUGGGAAGGUUUCCUGGUCUGAGCAAAUUAAAAGGAUUGAAAACCUCCUA